AUGGAGAUUAAAGAGACAUACAAGAACAAUGAGGCCAACUAUCAAACAAUUCUUCAAGUUAUUGAUGAAAAAGCUCGUGAGCAGCUUGAUAGUCUAUUGCAUUUGGCAGGCUACCUCUUGAACCCUUUUUACUUCUUUAAAGAUCAAAGCAUACAACAUGCUACAAUUGUCAUGAAGGGGAUUUUUACUUGUGUUGAUAAGUUCUUCCCCGAUAACUAUGAGGUUCAAAACCCAAUGAUAAAUGUUGAGAUGCACAAGUAUAAAGUAAAAGAAGUUGGAUUUAGAAGACAUUUGGCCGAAAUUGGAUGCGUUGAGAAUGAUGAAAACUAUAAUUCGGUUGCAUGGUGGUAUAAUUAUGGAAAUGGUGUGCCUAAUUUGCAAAGGAUAGAUAUAAAGAUUCUCUCAUUGACUACAAGUUCAUCCAGUUGUGAAAGAAAUUGGAGUUCUUUUGAAGGUAUACAUACAAAGAAAAAGAAUAGACUAGAUGCAACAAGUUUAAAUAAUUUAGUCUAUAUCCAAUUUAAUGCAAGGAUUAUGAACAAGAAGAAAAGAGAGAAGGAGAAGAAAUUGGACAUACUGCUUGCAAGUGAAGCUAGUAUAGUUCAAGGAUGGAUUGUGGAGGGUGGUGAUGAAGAAAUUGAGAUUGGUUCGGGAAUUGGAGAGACAUCAGAGGAGGUAGGUAGUUCCCUAGAGCCUAGUAGUUCUAAAAAUGUUGUGAAGUAA